UUCACCAUGUCGUUAAUUUUCUUCUUCUUCUUCUUCUCCCUCCCCCUCCACCACGCACUGGACCCAGAGAGUUUACUCAAUGUUGAGUACAACGUCUCGAGCCAUUCGUUCACCCGCGUGUCUGGCCUUUUGUCUAGGCAGUUUCUUGCCCCGAGGCGGGCUUUUUUUCAAGCCCGUCCCAACCGGUUUAUCAUGAUAAAUAUGGUUGACAACGUGCCUGGGCGUACAGCCACCCUCGCCCUGUGCGACGAUGACCUGUACGUCCCGGGCUUCAAAGACACCACUCUCCAGUGGAACCAUUUCAAACGAUUCGAGCCAAUCGUGCCUGGCUCCAGGGAACUGCCCUUUGAACACGAUUACCCAAACCUUCUUCCCUUGUUCCCAAACGGCACCAAAAGAUCACACAUAGACCUGUAUGAAGUUCCCUUGGGCAAAGCCGCCACCUUACGUGCAUUCCGGACGUUGGCGAGCUAUAAUCCUGGCACCACGCCAAGGCCGCACCUUAGAUCCGCGCUGGUAACACUAAUCGUCACCUUUUGUGAAGGACACAGAUUUGACCAGCUAAACAGACGACUGAAGAACGAGUGGGACAACCCUAGACCAAUCUACAUGCUUGAAGAGGAGGCACCGUACGUUGUGCAAUGGGGCUCGCUGUCUCGUGCGCUCCAAUGGUGGGAGGAGAGUGGUCGCAAAAGUUGGACCAAGGACAAAGACGACAUUAGAGAAUUCGACAAGAUCCAUGCCAACAGCCCCCUGGCAGCUAGAGAUGUGCUGCUCUUCUUACAAAGGACCAGGAACUUCAAGUUACAGUGAGCAUUAUGAAUGUACCAUGUUGUUUUACAUUUAAGCCGGAGCACUUGGUGUAUUCUGUCAUAAAGAAAUGUACUAGUAGUACUGUAUUGUUCCAGUUGGUGUAUCAGUCAAGAAAUGUAUGCAUG